CGUCAGCAACUGCAACUGCAUACAGACUGCUUUGGCCAGCAACAAGAGAGGAGGUAGGACUGUAGUCACACGUCCCACUCACAAGUUUGGGAUGACAUGCUGAUGAAAUAACGGUGUUUUACUAAACCAUCAUAUGGUGGUCUGAUGGUAUGGCCUCCCGGCUGUUGGACCGGCUCCGCCGCUCGUUCUUCAGAGACGGGGACGCGUGUAAAGACGAGGACGCCGUGGAGGACUUCCCAGAGAGCUCCGAGCUGGAGGACGACACUGAGUGCGUCUCGGAGCGCCUCGGCGGAACUCUGUGUUUCGACGGCUCAGGGGGGGAGACGGAGGAGGCGGGGGGGGAGGGCUCGGGGGCCGACAGCGACUCGGACUUCUUGGGGGAGUCUCUGGACGAGGGAUUCAUCAGCACAGACGCGAGUCCAGUCGGCCUGUCCCCGUCCGGCCCCUCCCUCCUGACCCGGCAACUGCAGGAGAGCUGGAGGAGCCUGCGGGGUCUGGGAGGGUCAGGGGGGCCGGGCGGGCCGGCUGCCCAGCAGGGGGAGAGGCUGCUGUUUGAAGUCACUGACGCCUGCGUGGUCCAAGAUGGAACCUCCAAAUAUGUGCUGUACACCAUCCUGGUCAUUCAAUCGGGGCUCUCCGACAAGACGCCGGCGGUGAUCUCGCGGCGCUACUCCGACUUUGAACGGCUGCACGCCCGGCUGCGCCGUCGCCACGGGGACGAGAUGCAGCGUGUCUGUUUUCCUCGGAAGAAGCUGCGUCGGAACUAUGUCGCCGAGACCAUCGCCAAACGCAGCCGUGCCUUCGAGCAGUACCUGAGCCACUUGCACUCCCUGCCGGGCCUGCGGGGGGCGCCCUGUCUGAGGGAAUUCUUCUACCUGGGGGACCUGCAGGCAGGGCAGGCCCUGCUCAGGGUCGGGCAGCACCAGGAGGCCCUGGGGCCUCUCCUCAACGCCCGCAGGCUGCAGGAGAAGCUUGGCCAGGAGGGCCAGCAGGCCUCCCACUGGCUGUUCACUGUGCUGGGCCUGGUGUGCUGCUUCCAGGCGGUGGAGCAGCUGGAGGAAGCGGCCGAGCACUGUGACCUGGCCCUCCAGGAGCUGGCCCCGCCCCCUUCUCAGGAGGCGGUGCGGCCCAGCAAGGUCCACCCCCAGCUGAUGCCGCUGCUGCAGAUCACGGUGCGUCUGUCCUGGAAGCUGUCGCGAGACAAGCGGCGCUGGGAGGCCCUGCUGCAACAGCUGCAGGAGGCAGGGGUGGACCCUGCUGGCCAGCCCAGCCUUCAGGAGUACCUGGUCAAGGAGAGCCUGCUGGAGACUGACCAAGAGCACGCCUAGACCACCUGCCCUAUGCAGACCAGCCUUAGACCACACCUACACAAGAUACCCUUAGACCUCUGUGGAGAAUCCCCAGCCCAAAGUGUGUGUGUGUGUGUGUGUGUGUGUGUGUGUGUGUGUGUGUGUGUGGAAUUGUCGUGUUUAUCACUAUACAAGUUUGCGGUUGUGACCCUCUAAAUCAACACUCCACUGACCUUCACUCUACCAGCACGCAAAAGACAAUCACUUCCUCCUGAGCACAAGCGUUGGUAACCUUGUUAACUGAACAGAGACUGAAGCUAAACACUAAAUGUUUUAAUAUUUACAGUGAUUUGUUGUAAUAGUAGUAAAAAGGUGCUGCUGUGAACGUGAAUUUCACCAAAUACUUUUUUCUAAUGUUUUCACAGCAAACAAUGGGUCAAUAUUUCGUAACCAGGUAAAGGCUGCAUUUGAUCAGUAUUUGAUUAACCUUUCAUUUUUAAUAGGACAUCUUACAUGAAAUGCAGUUAGAAUGUCUUCGUAUGGGACAUUGGAUUGUAAUAAGGGAAUAGGAUUUCAAAAUGAAACGUUUGCACAGCCCAAGUCUGACAUUAAAGACGGAUCGGUGACGUGCAGGGCGAGAUCGGAUUUUGCUUGUAUGCUAAUGAUGGUAGUAAGGGAAAAGCAGAGCUGGACGUACUGUAGUGCUCAGUGGAAGAGGCUGGCUGCGAGGUUACAGUCAGGGAAGAUUUAUUCUGCAUCAUUGAUGUGAUAAAGCCACUUUUAGCGUGUAUGUAUGUUUCUAGUUAACUCCCUUGCAAAAUAUAUUUAGUUUGUGUGUGCGAGAGAACAAGGUGGAUAGAAAGAUGGUAUUCAACAUUAGAGUUGGAGGACUGACCAGAGGGGUUGAGCUGUUUCCAUUCAGCAGACUACGCUAAGCAUUCAGAGCAUGUCAAUUAACGUAUGUGUGCCCAUGUACUGCUUUGCCUUUUAGCUACGAUAAUCUAAUUUGACUAACAAUGAGGAAAAUGUCCCACCCAACAUGCGCUACGAAAGAGAUACCUCUGUUUAUACCCACAAACAUUUCUGUACUGUUUGUUUUACUAAAUGUGGAAUGUAUUUUGUCAAAUAAACCUAUUUUAAACAACUUA